AUGUCUUUAACUUAUGAACCAUCAAAAAUUCAAGUUCAAGCAUUAGCUACUAGUAUUUCAAAAAGGUUAUUAAAUGAUUCUGAUAGUGGUUUAUUAGUUAACAUUGCACCGAUCGGCAGACAAGCGAAACGUCACGCACAACAAAUCAAUUAUUCAGAAGAUUUCAUAGAUGACUUUGAAUUCGAAGAUUCACCAUCAGCAACAUUUGGUAAUAAAAAUAUCAGUGAAGAGAAGAAGAAUCAAAUUGAAUCACAAAAAUAUAGUUUAGCAAGAAAUACAAAAGAAAUUCCACAAUUAGAAGAUGAAAAUUUAUUUAAAAACUUGAAAAAUGAAAAAGAUGUUUUAAUUCCAAUUAAACUAAACCUUGAAAAUAAUAGCAGUCAUAAAUUAGUGGAUUUUUUUAUGUGGAACUUAACAAAUCCUAUUAUAACUCCGACACAAUUUGCUGAAAUUUUGGUUAAUGAUUUAGAACUACCAACUCAAAUGAUAACUCAAAUUACAGAGUCAAUACAAAAUCAAAUUGAAGAAUAUAAAUAUGUUUCAAAUUUGAAUUUCCCAAACAAUAAUUCAUGUAAUGUCAUAAUUGAUUUACAAUUUAAUUUAAAUAAUCAGUUAUUUGAAGAUAAAUUUGAAUUAAAUUUAAAUCAAAAUGAAAUAACUCCUGAAUUAUUUGCUGAUAUUGUUGUUUCUGAUUUAGGUUUAAGUUUAGAAUUCAAGACUGCUAUUGCUCACAGUUUACAUGAAAUUAUAAUAAAAGUUAAAAAGGAAAUAUUGGAAGGAAGUUUUAAUAACGAAGUACACAAUUUCCAUUUCAAUAAGGGUAUUAAGAUUUCAAACUGUUUAAGGAUAUUCACGGAGGUCAGUGUAUCGAAUGGAAACGAUCACUGGGAACCAAUAAUUGAAAUCCUAAGUGCAGCAGAGAUCGAAAAACGUGACGCUGAAAGAAUCAGAAACCAAAGAAGAUUAAAAAGAGAAAAUAACAAAAAUUUUGAAGAAACCGGAAGAAGGGGAAGACCAAGGAAGUAUGUAGAUUAA